AUGAUCAGCCGGGGGAGAGACAGCUCUCGCGGCCGCUCAGGAGACCCAGUCGGCGGCCUCAAAACGGCACGAAAUCCCCGCCAGGAAGAACUAUCCGGUGAGACCGAGGACACCGCGGAGUCUCUGCGGGAGCUGCCGCGCUGGAUGCGGCUUUACUUCUAUGGGAUGCACGGCAUGACUCUGGAUGUAUUGCUCUCGUCGGUACACCGACUUUUCAAAUACAGGGACCCUAAACUUGUGGGAUUUUCUUCACCUUAUCUCUGUAUCAUGCAUUCACUGACCCACUUUGCGUUGGAGAAGAUCUACUCUCAGAAGAGGUGCUUCCGAGGUCGGCCUGUGGUGUUUCAUCUGGUUUUCUAUCCGUCUGUCUACAUCGGGCUGCAGAUCCUGAUCGGAAACAUUAACACCCUAACAGAGCAGGUGAGGGUGGUGUCAGGGACCCAGCUAGCAGUGCACUACAUACUGGCUCUUUAUUUCACCCAGGUUUUCCACAAGGGGCUGUCAAAGCUGCAGUAUCACCCCUCCACUCACCCUGCCGACCCUUCUGGGAAAUCAGACCCGGGAGAGAGCGCUUGUUUUCGGGCGCCUCUCAACGCUCUCCCCGGUGUCGUGCGGUUCUUAUUCUUCGGGAUGCACGGGUUCUUAGAUGAGGUGCUUUUCACGUCUAUUUUCAACCUGGUAGAGAAGUCGGACCGGACCCUCAGCGGUCACACGUCCCUGUGGUCUUUCCUCAUGUACGGGAGCUGCAGCUUCGUGGUGGAGAAGCUCUACCUUUACCUGCACUUUAGCAGAGGGUGGGGGACAUGCAGGCGGCUUCCCAUCUACAUCUGCUUCAUCUACACCUGGGAGUUCUGCUGGGGGUUGAUCCUCAGGCAGUUUGACGCCUGCUCCUGGGACUAUUCUCAUUACCCUCAGAACUUCAUGGGACUCAUCACCCUCCUGUACCUGCCUGGCUGGGUCUGCCUCAGUUUGUACCAGGAUGUGCUGUCUAAUGUGCUGCUGAGGAUCAAGUGCACCAGGGAAACAACACUGAGUGAGGAGAAUGGAGAAGUUAAUGGACAGUUGGAUAAGAAGCUCCUUUGA